UUAUGCGAAACAAAUUUACUCGUUUUUUCUCUUCCCUUCCAUUUUAUUUUUUUCCUGUACGAGUGCCAGAUUGGUGUUUAAUUAAUGUUGGGUAUAUUGCUGGAAUUAAAUGUCGAUUUUAUCUUCCACAAGGAGAAUUUAAAAGAAAUAAUGCUUUAAUUGUUUUCAUUCAUGGAGGAUUUUACGAUGGUGCUUUAUUACUUUUAAUUAAACAAUUAGGAUUAACUAUUAUUUCUAUUGAUUAUUCACUUUCUCCCGAAGUAAAAUUUCCAGUUGCUCUUUUGGAAUGUGAACAAGUAAUUGAAGAAAUUUAUAAUAAAAAAUUUGAAGAUCUUGGAAUUGAUAAAAACAAAAUAGCUUUAAUGGGGGAUUCUGCUGGAGGGUGUCAAUGUGCUGUUUUGUGUCAAAGAGUUUUGAGAAUGAAUAGAAAGGAAAUGAUAAAAUGCCAAAUACUUAUCUAUCCAGUUAUUCACAUGUUAGACUUCCAAUCUCCUUCUUAUCAAUUAUAUUACCGUAUUUAUCCAAAGACUGGUUUAUUAAAUCCGAAAAUGCUUGCCCGUUGGUAUUUAUUUUAUUUGGGUAUAGAACCAACACAAAAAAAUAUUAAUUUAAUGAUUAAAAAUCAACAUUUAUCACCUAAAUUACUUAAUGAAGCUAAAUUAUCUUCAAUUCUCGAUCCAGAAAAGCUUCCUAAAGAAUUUCUUUUAAAAGAAGAGGAAAAUAGAAAAAAUCCUAGCCAUUCUUCAAUUAUUAAAUGGAAAACAACAAAAAAUGGAUUUAAUGGAAUAAUAAAAGAGGCAAAAAAUGAGAAAGAAAAUACAGAAAGGGAAAAGCUUUACACCCAAAUAGAAGAAUUUCUUCAAAAUCCAGAUAUUUGCCCUAUUUUAGCUGAUAAUUUAAAAGAUCAUUGCCCAACAAUGAUAUUAACUGCGGGUAUUGAUGUUCUUCGGGAUGAAGGUAUUCAAUAUGCAAAAAGAUUAAAUGAAGAUGAAGUUAAGGUUGAAUUAAAACAUUAUGAAGAUGCUUAUCAUGGAAUAUUUAAUAUGUAUUGUAGUAAAAAAAGAGAAGAAAUAAUUAAUGAUAUUAGCAAUUAUUUAAGAAAUAAUUUAAUUAAUUAA